AUGUUGUGUCGUGGUUCUGGUCGUGAUAUGACGAUCGCCAAAUACUCCUCUCAACAAGGCCAUCAUGAUCAACCGCUCAAGGUAACAACCUCUGGCAAUCAUCAGGGCGAGAAGAAACCACUCUCUUCCGUUCCAAACCUUUCUCCUACCUGUUCAUCGUCGCAAGAGUUCUCUUACAGAAAUAUCACAUUCUCCUUUCAUGGUUCAUUGGAUCCACAAUGCAAAUUUUCAGAUUGUUCUGAGCAUUAUGGCCUUUCGUUGUAUGUGCCGUCAUCAUCACCACCACCAUUGGUGGACUACAAACAACAACAUUCCAGCUACCAGGUCGUCAUCUCACAGCGAUUAUCUCCUCCUAUUCAUUCACCAGUGGCCAACUCCUCCUCUCAAACCACUCUGUCUCCAAACUCUCCAAAUUGCAACUCAUUAUCACCCUCUGAAAAGAGACCUUUAAAGUUUUUUGAUUACAACAAACGAAAGAUUGCCAAGAAAGUGAGAAGAGUUGAUCAAGUACAACCCUACGAACAUGUCAUUCAAAUGCAAACAACGACAACCAAUAAGAAGAAUUCUCCAACCUCAAGAUCUUCCAUUCUUUCACCCAACACAAGGAUUUCGAUUCAAAAUAAGGAUAUACCACAAACGACAAUGCUGACUUGUGAAACCAACUCGACACGGACACAUUGUGCACAAGAACAAACAUUGAGAAGAGAGGUGCAAGCUGAUCAACUAUCCAUUCAUGGUUCGAAUUCCACCAACACAACCACCACCGCCACAAGAAAAAGAACACCACGAUAUUCAAUUUCAAUAAAGGAGUUGCUUAAUUAA